CUUGAGAACUGAGACACAGAAAGAAGUUUGCAGGCGUUGCUCGGCGAAGAAUCCAUGGCUUCUGAUCCAGAGCAGCCCACGCUCUCUUCUCUCGUAAAGUCGUCGGGUGAGAUUGGGAGUAUACAACUACUACAACAACUACAAGAACCUCUUCUUAAUGUCAACGGAGCUCACAAUUCAGAUACCUAUUCUGUAAUUGCUGCAAUUCUACCAUUUCUGUUUCCUGCUCUAGGAGGGCUGCUGUAUGGAUAUGACAUUGGGGCGACUUCUUGUGCUACAAUUUCUGUACAGUCGGCGACAUCGAGCGGGGUAUCUUGGUAUAAUUUGUCUUCUGUGGAUAUCGGUCUCAUUACUAGUGGCUCGUUGUAUGGUGCCUUGAUUGGCUCUGUAUUGGCUUUUAAUGUUUCUGAUUUCUUAGGACGGAGGAGGGAGUUGAUUUCAGCUGCUUUGUUCUAUCUUUUUGGAGCUAUAAUAACAACAGUAGCAUCUAACUUGGCUAUUAUGGUGAUUGGGCGCUUUGUAUAUGGUAUAGGAAUUGGCUUGGCAAUGCAUGCUGCUCCGAUGUACAUUGCCGAAACUGCUCCAUAUCAGAUACGAGGUCAACUGAUCUCUCUUAAAGAGUUCUUCAUAGUGCUUGGGAUGGUUGGAGGUUACGGAAUUGGAAGCCUUCUAGUCGAUGUGGUUGCCGGUUGGCGGUAUAUUUAUGCAGCUAGCAGCCCUUUGGCUAUCAUUAUGGCGAUUGGAAUGUGGUGGCUCCCAGCAUCACCUAGAUGGAUCCUUUUAUGCGCCAUACAGGGGAAGGGAAAUAUGCAGGAGUUAAAAGAGACCGCAAUACAUUGUUUUUGCCGGCUCAGAGGUCCAGCCUCCCGAGAUAAAGCUCCUGUGCAAGUAGAUGAGAUUUUGGCCGAGCUUUCUUUUGUUGGUGAAGAGAAAGAGGCUACUUUUGGGGAAAUGUUUCAAGGAAAGUGCCGCAAAGCCCUUGUGAUUGGUGGGGGUUUGGUCUUGUUCCAACAGAUCACUGGGCAACCUAGUGUGCUAUACUAUGCUUCAUCAAUUUUUCAGACUGCAGGAUUCUCUGCAGCAUCCGAUGCAACACGUGUCUCAAUUCUACUUGGUCUACUGAAGUUAAUAAUGACUGGAGCAGCUGUUCUUCUUGUUGAUAGACUUGGGAGGAGACCCCUACUGCUUGGUGGUGUGUCUGGAAUGGUCAUCUCUUUGUUCCUUUUGGGAUCAUACUACCUUUUCUUGGGUAACGUAUGGGUUGUGGCUGUAGUGGCAUUGCUAUUAUAUGUCGGAUGUUAUCAGCUAUCUUUUGGUCCCAUUGGUUGGCUAAUGAUUUCGGAAGUCUUCCCAUUGCGGCUAAGAGGGCGAGGACUAAGUAUAGCGGUGCUUGUGAAUUUCGGUGCAAAUGCUCUGGUGACAUUCGCAUUCUCCCCUUUAGAGGCAUUGCUGGGAGCUGGCAUCUUGUUUUAUGUAUUCGGGGUGAUAGCGGUGGUUUCACUUGGAUUCAUUUUCUUUGUUGUGCCGGAGACUAAGGGCCUCACUCUUGAGGAGAUCGAAGCAAAUUGCCUUUAGGAAUUGUUGUUACAUUUGAGGUUUAUGUAAAGCAAGUUAUUAGUUAUAGAUAUGGGGCGUCUUAAUGUGUAUUCUUAGCUCUGUCUAAUACUAACAGUAAUAUAGCAGCCAAAAAAAAAAAAUAGUAAUAAUAAAUUAAUAAUAGUAAGAAUACGUUACCAUGUAUACUUUGA